AUGAAUGAGUUCAAGGAUUCCCGAACAAGGAAUGAUGAAGAGGACACCAAAGAAAUACUUGAUAUGUAUGCAACAGAGAGCCCGAAACUAGACAAAAAAAGUGGUCCAGAGAGAGUUAAACAAGAUCGGACAAUUGGUUCAGGUGGGGGAGGUCGAGUUACCUCCUCUAAACGAGAAUUACCUGUUUGGUGGAAUUGGGGUAAAAGAGCUGAUGGGUGUGUGAAAAAAACAGCAGAAGGUCUGUGCGAAGCGCUCAGAACGACGGCUGAGGAAGGGACCAGUGACGAUCUUCAUUUGCAAGAAUUAAGGAAAGAAGUGUUUUCGACGAAUGUCAACGUCGUCCGAAAAGCCACACCUUUCUGGUAUUUGCUGUGGACGGCAUCAAAGGAUUUCAUUCUACGCGUUCUCAUGGCAGCUGGAAUUGUUUCACUUAUUCUUGGACUCGUUUUUGGGGAGCGCAAGGAAAUUGAAUGGAUUGAAGGAGCUGCGAUAUUUCUAGCAGUUGUUAUUGUUCUCCUCGUCACUGCUGGAAACGAUUGGAUGAAAGAACGACAAUUCGCUGCUUUAGUUCAGAAAGAUGAGAAACACUGUUCAUGUCGACGUGACGGACAUCUGCAUCAAAUAUCCACUGAAAGCCUUCUGGUUGGCGACAUAAUUCUUGUCGAAGCAGGGGACGAAAUCCCAACAGAUUGUUUGGUUUUGAGUUGCCGAGAUCUCUCGCUGGAUGAGUCGUCAAUGACAGGGGAAUCUCAUACAGUCAGAAAAAGUUCCCUAGCGCAGAGUUUAGUCCAGCGGAACGAAGCGCAGCAAUCAAGUCCCAAAGCAGCCCAAGAUCUCCAUCGAGCCAUCAAGAGCCCUGUUGUUCUUUCUGGAAGCGUGGUAACCGAUGGCUCAGGAAUUUUACUUGUUGUUGCCGUUGGAGGAAAUUCUGAGGCUGGUCAACUGCUCCAAAAGUUGAGCAUUGAUGUUGAGCCAACGCCUCUUCAAAACAAAUUAAAUGCUCUUGCUCGUGACAUCGGGAACGUUGGAUUUGCUGCAGCAUGUCUUACCCUCUUAGUAUUGAUCAUUCAAUAUUGGAUUCUAUUCGCUGUUCAUCCAGAAGACCGAACAGAUUCCAACUUCGGAGAUGUGACAUCAUCCCAUAUUCAAUUCUUGGUUGAAGCUAUCACAAUUGUUGUCGUUGCAGUUCCUGAAGGUCUUCCCUUAGCAGUUACCUUGUCGCUUGCCUUUUCCGUCGGGAGAAUGCUAAAGGAUCAGAAUUAUGUUCGUCGACUUGCAGCUUGCGAAACCAUGGGAGGUGCCAACGAGAUUUGUUCGGAUAAAACCGGCACGUUGACGAAAAAUCAGAUGGCAGUUGAAGCAUUCUGGAAUGGCUCGAAACUAUCAGAAGUUCAUGGACGAACGACGUUACCGCAUUUAGCAGAAGGAGAGUUGAACAUUGAUACCGGAGGAGUCACGACCUUCAGCUUUCCUCGUCUGUUACCGAAUUAUUAUUCUGAAAUUUUGUUCGAAUCAAUCGCGCUGAAUUCAACUGCCUAUUUGGAAGAAGUGUCGGGAGCGAAAGUAGGAAACCUUCACCCUGUUGGAGCCAUCAAGCACAUCGGGUCUCCAACUGAGUGCGCCCUAUUGGAAUUUCUAAUCAAUAUGGGUUCCGAUUACAACAAAAUUCGAGCUGAGAAAGGAACUGAAGAUAAAAUAAUUCAGCGAAUUCCAUUUAACAGUGAACGCAAAUUGAUGACGACUGUUAUCAAAUGUCCGGAUCCAGAGAAACCGCAACAUUAUCGCGUCUACGUGAAGGGGGCCGUUGAAAUCGUUCUCCGGUUGUGCCGAUCUCGAAUUGAUUCCGCAGGAAAUCUGAGGAACGUAAGGAAUGUCGUUUCUGUUGGUGAAGAAAUGCAUCCAAUUAGAACGAUUGAACCUGUUCACAUUGAGCGUAUUGAACGACAAGUUGUUGACCAAAUGACGUGCCAAGCUUUGAGAACAAUCUGUCUCGCAUACAAAGAUUUUAACCCAAAUGAAGAGAAAGAUUGGAACGAAUUUGCGUCUCAAUCGGACCGAAAAUUCUACAAGAUGGAGUUGGGACUUGCUUGUCUGGGACUAGCCGGAAUGAGAGAUCCUUUGCGCGAGGAAGUUCCGGCGGCCGUUCGACGUUGCCAGGAUGCCGGAAUUCGCGUUCGAAUGGUAACCGGGGACAACAUUGAAACAGCGAAACAAAUCGGUAUCAAGUGCAACAUUUAUCAUCCAGAGACUGGCGGACUUGCAAUGACGGGAUCAGAUUUCUACGCGACGGUUGGGGGGAUUAUUUGCGAGAAUUGCAGAACUGCAGAAUGCGACUCGAAACGGGAUCGCGGAACGUCUGUCGACAAAGAGGAAGUCGAAAGACUCUUGGUGAAGAAGACUCGGGUUGAUGUUCUCGGAAAUAUGGACGCAUUUGAAAAGAUCGCGGAGAAACUGGAAGUUCUCGCACGUUCGCAGCCUACGGACAAGUACGCGCUUGUCGUUGGCUUGCGUUCGCUCGGAGCCGUCGUUGCUGUCACGGGUGACGGAACGAACGACGCGCCUGCCCUCAAAAAAGCUGACGUGGGAUUUGCAAUGGGUAUUGCAGGAAAAGAGGUUGCCAAACAAGCGGCUGAUAUUGUUCUCUUGGAUGACAAUUUUGAAUCAAUUGUUCGUGCUGUGAAAUGGGGAAGAAAUAUCUAUGAUAAUAUUCGACGAUUUUUACAAUUUCAACUCACGGUCAAUGUUGUUGCCGUAAUCACAGCGUUUAUUGGUGCCGUGAUUCUUCGAUCUUCACCAUUGAAUGCAGUUCAGCUUCUAUGGGUUAAUCUGAUUAUGGACACGUUUGCAUCACUUGCAUUGGCUACGGAACCUCCAACUGAAGGAUUACUCGAUCGUCCGCCUCAUUCUCGAAACGAAUAUCUCGUGAAUAGAUUGAUGACGCGAAAUAUUUUGGGACAAGCCGCGUAUCAAUUGGCGGUUAUGAUGGUCUUGAUAUUUACUGCAGAUUCAUGGAUUCCUGAGAAAUCAUCUCCUCAUUACGAGCAAUUCGAAGGAGCGUAUGGAGGAUUUUCUCAAUUUUCAACACAUGGAGACGGGCAUACUUAUGUUACAUCAGGUCGUCGAUUUACUCCAUUCUCGAAUCAUGAGGAAUAUAAACGCACCUGGACAAUUAAUAUCGGACCCAGUCGACAUUACACAGUUGUAUUCAAUACAUUUGUUUGGCUCCAAAUUUUCAAUAUGAUUAACGCUCGUCAAAUUAAUGAUGAAAAUUAA